UGAAGAUGUUGAGGUUCGCUCUUGGAGUGACCAGGUUGGAUAAAAUUAGAAAUGAGCUCAUCAGAGGGACAGCCAAGGUUCGAUGUUUUGGAGACAAAGUUAGAGAGCGCAGACUUCAAUGGUUUGGACACGUCCAGAGGAGAAAUAGUGAGUAUAUUGGAAGAAGGAUGAUGAGGAUGGAGCUGCCAGGCAAGAGAGCUCGAGGAAGACCAAAGAGAAGGUUGAUGGAUGUCGUGAGGGAAGACAUGAUGGGAGUUGGUGUUCGAGAGGAGGAUGCAGGAGAUAGGCUUACAUGGAAAAGGAUGACGCGCUAUGGCGACCCCUAACGGGACAAGCCGAAAGGAAAAGAAGAUUCACUGCCAGCCUUCCCAGUUAACAUGGAUAUUUAACUUCUAAAGCCGUCAAUGGAGACAAACACAGUUUCCACAAGUCCGAUUAAAAUCAGGAUGAAGAGCUCCAACAUCAUUGAGAGACUUCAGGAAGCUGUAAAUCCACUGGCAGAUGACAGGCGAAACGCUGAGCUGGAGAAGCUUGGAGGAGAGGAGUUCGGGGAUGAUGGUGAUGGUGAUGGUGUUGAACGCAGAGCUGAAGUCCACAAACAGGAUCCUCGCGCCAACCUCGCUCUGUCGCCCACCACCCUGCUGCCAUCGCCUAAGGGCGCAGAGUUGAACCGGCAGCCUGAUUCGCCGCAGCCACCCCUCGCCGCCGUCGGAACCACCGUGUCCCCGCUUAGCCCCGCCCUGCAGCCCGCCCAGCUGUCCGUCGAGGAGGAGGAGGAGGAGGAGCAGGAGGAGCCCGUCAGCUUCAACAGCACUCCUGAAGGUGCCACGCUCCCCAGCUUCCACAAGACUCGAGUACGGCUGUCGUUCAAGAGGCGUCCGCCCAGCAGACAACACAGGAGGUCGACGGGGGAGGAGGCGUCGCUCUUCCAGUCGCCGAGUGAACAGCACUCGCCCGAAGCCAACGGGGACGCCCUUUUACAAUGCGCGGACCGGGUCACUCUUGAAGAAGGCGAGGAUGACAAAGGGGAGCCCAGGGACAGUGAGGAGGAGCAGGGGGCGCAAGCAAAGGCACCCCCAGAGGACGAAGAGGAGACUCGGGCGGAGGAAGUGCGGCGGACCCACCAGAUGGAUGGAGGAGAUUUUAACCGACUGAUCGGUGAACUGUGACUGCAAAAAAACGCAAAAGAUUUUGGAAUAUUUAACUGCUUUGACUAAUAAGGCAACCUGCCUGCUCUGAUGCCCUCGGCUGGCGCUUUAUAGAACAGGUCCUCAAGUCUAUAUGUGGAUUAUAUACUGUACAUUGCCGUUGAUCGAGUACAAAGGAGUACUAAGGCCACCCUGAAAAGAAAAGAAAGAAUGACACAAAAAAAAUGAAGUUGUAAUCUUACGAGGAAAAAGUAGUCUUUUUUUUUUCUAAAUAAAAAGUUAUCUCUUUCAUAGUUUAAAGUCGUAAUUUUAAGAAAAUAAAUGACUUUCACAUCUUUUUACCCUCAAAGACAUAUAACUUUAUUUUCUUAAUAUCACGACUUGUAUUUCGAAAAUAUAACUUUAUUCUUGUAUUAUAACAACUUUAAUCUUGGAAGUAUACAACUUUUUUUCUCAAACGUUUCUCCUUGAACAUGUAUGAUUUCAUUCGUUUAAUAUUAUGAGUUUUAUUCUCUGAAAUAUUAAACUUUUUUUCUUGAAAGUAAACAAUUUCUUAAAUGAAAAUAUAUAAUUUGAUUGUAAUACUGUAUUGCAAUUUCAAUCUUGGAAAUAUAAAGGUUUUUUUUUCCUGAAAGUACACCAAUUUAUUUUUUGGGGAAAAUACAUGAUUUUAUUCUUGUAAUUUGCAACAUGUCUUGAAAAUAUCCACAUUUUCUUUCUCGAAAAUAUAUUUCUUUUGCACUACACUAGUAUUUACAACUUCAAUCUCAACGAUAUAUGUUUUUCAUGAAAAUAUAAAACAUUUCCCUUUUUUUCAUGGAAAUACAGUUUUCAACUUUUUUCUUUGGUAAAUUACAAUAUUUUGGUGUAUUUUUGUUUUCUUUUCAGUGUGGCUUUAACACUCCUUCGUAACAAAAAAACUAGAUGUAUUUUUGUUUGGCUGAGACAACAAAUAUUUUGGACUUGUAAAUAAUAAAUAUUUUAAGAGACAUAAAUGUAAAAAAAAACCCACACCCACUGGUAUUAUGUGCUUUUCUUGCAUAGUUUUUCAUGUGUGUAAUUUCCUGUUUGUGUUUCCUGUUUGUGUUACAUAAAAAUCGGUCUUCAAAUGUAUUCUGAUCCUAAAUUUAAAUUCUAAAAAAAAAUAAAAUAAAAAUAAAAUUCAUGAGUCACGUUGAUACAAUUGGUGCAAUGCUAGUGAUGUAAUGUUACAUUCUUUCAGCUGUAAUUAACUCGCCUUCCUAAAACGAUACUGAAUCAUUUGCUGCAAUAAAGAUUUUUUUCCGUGCUUUAUAAAUCAUUGG